AUGUUGGAGUUAUUCUCCCGCGCCAGGCAUCUCAAAUCUCUAUUCUCUUCCUCUUCUUCUCUUGCUCUUCGUCGUCCGCCUUAUGCAGCUCUCCGCCAUGCCCCCUCCGAAACCUUAGUCCACUUUGCUCACCCCUACCGCGGCCUCUCCUCCGUAUCCUCCUUCCUCCAUGCUCGGCGACGCCCCUUGCUCCUCCUCUCCCUCUUCAAUCCCUUCCCGGAUCACUUUUCUUCCACCCCUUCCGACCCCGCGGUUGACUUGCAGGAGGGUCAGAAACCACUCGCUCCUUGCCCCGACCACAAAGAACAGGAGAGUCGCAUCUCGGAGAAGCAAAGCCGGUUCAUCCCGGUCAAAACUUAUUUCCUUUGCACAUGGAUUGAUUUGAAGAGCUUGCAUGCUCAGAACGCGUCCAAUGUUAUCACAUCUCGUAUCACCUCGAAAUACGUUAUUCUCCGAUACUACGAUGUUGAAAUCGAUGCUGAAGUUAUAAAGACUGGUUUUGCAAGUGAAAGUUCUUGUCAUUAUAUGUUGGUGUUUUCUUAUGGUUCAGUUGUAUUGUUUAAUGUUUCUGACCAUGAAGUUGAUAAUUAUCUCAAGAUUGUUGUAAAACAUGGUUCAGGCUUGCUGCCAAAAAUGGGAAAGGAGGAUUUUGCCAUAGUCGAGAAGCCAACUCUAGAUACUUGGAUGCAAGAAGGAUUUGAUUUUAUAGUGCUAAAGCAUUGUAACAUGGAUGAGAUCCAGAUUAUAGGAUGUGUUCUUAGUCAGAGCAUUGCUUUAGAUUACUGCAACCAUCAAGUUGAUGGAAUGAUGCCAGAGUUUAUAGAAAUCAGUCGUAGCACGAAGAAGACAAGAACUUGUAGAAUGAAAAUAAAGCAACUAUUUCAGUUAGCAUGGAAAUCAAAUUCUGAUCUGAAUGCUGUCGUUCUUCUUCAACUAGGGAUUUUGGAGGGUCCACGUGUUGCUGGGAAGAAUGCCAAUUAUGCACCGAUAUGGAAGUAUCUUUGGGAUAAAUAUGAACUAAUGCAGAGAUUUGAAAAUAUGGAUUUCAAGCUGAAAUUUAUAAUUGAUAAUAUUCAAAAGACUCGUGAUGAUCAUUACCCUCCUGAUUCGCAUCAUGAACCUGAAGAAUAG